UAGCGUUUUCCACACUGACUGAAAUGUAAUCAAUGGUAAUGACAUGCGCGUUAUGACGUUUUUUCCUCAAGUCUGUGUUUUACUUUAUUUACGAAAACUGUGAUUAAUAUUUUAAAAAAUGUCCUCAAUAAAGACUGGCGAAUUACUAAACUUUCAAGAUUAUUCGCCAGAGCACAAUGAUAGGAGUGCACGAUUAGAAGUGGAGGCAGUGCAAUCACAUCAAUAUACUAGCUCGAUGUCCAACCCAAAUUACACGUAUGAUGAACCUAAACUAAACAAUGACGAGCCUGAAACACUGCCACAAACAAAUCACAACUUCUGGACCAUAGAGUAUUACCAGAAAUACUUUGACGUCCACACUAACGAGGUGGUGGAGCGGAUCAUAUCCUCCGUGGUGCCGCAGAAGGUGUCCCGCAACUACUUUGAUGAGAGGAUCAAGGGAAAACCGGACUUGUAUGGACCAAUAUGGAUAUCUGUUACUUUGAUCUUUACAAUAGCAGUAAGCGGCAACAUAGCCAGCUACCUCCAAUCCGCCAACAAGGCUGUUCACUGGCGCUACGACUUCCACCUCGUCUCCUACGCGGCCACCGCUAUCUUCUGCUACGUAUGGCUCGUGCCAAUCGCGUUAUGGGCCGCUCUCAAGUGGACCACAGUGACAGACGGGCAGGAUGAGAUCGAGACUCAGACCUCAACAACCCCAACGAUGAUGUCCCUCUUCUGUCUGUACGGAUACUCUCUCUCCAUCUAUAUCCCCGUGGCCAUCCUGUGGACCAUCCAAGUCUCCUGGCUGCAAUGGCUCUUCGUGCUCAUGGCGGCUUUAGUCUCCGGGGCAGUCUUAAUAUUCUGGCUAAUGCCCGCUUUAAAGAAAUCUAAGUACUAUCUCCUUCUAAUAGGGUCGAUUAUCGGUUUUCAUUUUUUAUUGGCGACUGGGUUUAUGCUGUAUUUCUUCCAUGUGCCGAGCGUGCAUGUGCCGCCGGUCGCGGCGUCGACGGUUGCGCCGUGAAUAUGUGAUAUUUGCAGUAAGUUUUUGUGGUAAAUCAGGUUGAGUACAAUGAUAUAUAUAACUUUAGAUAGGUUAUACUCAUGCAUAAGGAGCACAAAAAAUACUUCCACAUUUAUUUCUAUACGUACUAUCAACUCAUUUACGCGCCAACUAAAGAAAUGGCUCCUCUCCCAUGCCUUUUACAGUCUAAAUGGCUUUUAUAAUUUAAAAUUCAAUUGACAUUUUAUCACAACUAUAAAGUCUAUUUAUAUCACCCUAAACUGUAAUAAUAAUGCAAUUGUAACUUAUUUAUAAUUAUUGUAACUUAAUUUAAUUUCAAUAUAUAAUGAUAUUAUUAAUAAAUUAGUACGAGUAUACCUACGCAAAAAUCUAUUAUUUAUGAUUUAAUUUUCGCAUUCUAUUCUUCUUUGUCGUAAUCAUUACACAUGAGCUUCUUUUUCUCUUUCGGUGAGCGGGAGCUCGUUACCACAUGCACACUUCUCGCUUGCCCAAGUGCGACUAAAGGCAACCUGUACAAUUUGUCACAAGGUAAGCGCUUUACGUUUGGAACGCCUAUAACUAUAACUUAUCUUGAGUUAUAAUAAAUCAUUGGUUGAGUGGAUAUGGAAUAAGAUAGAUUAAGUAAGUCAACCCAUUUUUACCACAAAAGUUCCAAUUACUGUGUAUUAGAUUGAAUGCACUGAGUCAGUAUGAUAGGUAAAAGUAAAGUACACUGUAACUUACUUUAUUGUUAGAUUAUUUUUCAACCAUGGUUUUUUAAGAGACGACGCAAAAAGAGGGGUGUUAUAUGUCUGUCUGUAGCAUCGCAGCUCUCAAACGGAUGGACCGAUUUUCUGUGAAAGCGAGUUUCCUUGCGUUGGUUCUUAACUGUUCGUUGGUUCUCUUGAAGAGUAUUAGCUCUUUUGACCCUACGGGACCCUAAGGCAUUUUUGGCAUAAAAUUCAUUUAUUCGGCAUAAUUAGGGAGGUUUUUUUUUUUAAAUUUAAUAGCUAUUUAAGCGUUCACUUGUAAACCUUAAAGGGUAAAUGCUACGUUAGUCUGCAGUCAAAGUAAUAAAUACAAUAAUUUAUUUCCUUUACAAGUAUUAUUGAGAAUAUUAAUGUUGUGCUGAUAUAAGCAUUUAUCUUAUCGAAUAUGUUGUUAAAAUUUAUUUAGAAAUCCUAAUUUGUAUUUAUGAUAAUUUAAGUACAGAUCUACAGACUUAUUUAUUCGCUUGCACAAUCAAAUGUCAAAAGCAUUGCACGUAUUUACAGUAAAAUAGUUUAUAAAAUUUGAUCUUUUGGGAGUUUAAACGUAUUAAGAUUGUUGGAGGUAUUGAAGUAUUUUCUAAUUCUACUACAUUCCUAUUUAUACAUAAAAUGAUUCACUGUGUAAAAGAAACUUAUUUAUCAUUGAAAAUAAAUUUAAUUCUCGAAAA